AUGGAACCUUUUCAGCAUCAGAGACAAAUUCAACAAUAUAGAAGGAAACUUGGAAUGCCUUAUGCUAAUUCCAACUGUAAUGGAAAAAUCUGGUUCUUUGUGCAACACAAUGUUGAUGUUGAGGUUCUAUUUGAUACUGAGAAAUCUAUUACUGUAAAGCUGAAGUUUCAAGAUUUCAAUAAAGAUAUGGUAGUUACAAUGGUGUAUGCUAAAUGUUCAGAAGUGGAGAGGCUGCAGUUGUGGGACAGUUUAUACCUCUUGACUAGUAAUAUGACAUCUCCUUGGCUGGUUGGUGGAGAUUUUAAUGUUAUAAUGAAUGAAGAAGAAAAAAUAGGAGGUUUACCAGUUUUGCCACAAGAAUAUGAGGAUUUUGCUUUUUGUCUAAAUUCCUGUGAGUUGCAUGAGAUGCCUUUCAAAGGGAGUCCUUUCACCUGGUGGAAUGGUAGGGCUGCUAAUGACUGUAUUUUUAAGAGAUUGGACAGGAUUUUACAUAAUGAUACAUUUCAGAAUUGGUUUGGACACUUAGAGGUGGAACAUUUGUCAAGGACUGGUUCUGAUCAUGCACCAUUACUGCAACAAUGGGAAACCGUCUUAACUGAUGAUGUAUUUCUGUCAUUUAAGCUCAAGAUGAAAAAACUGAAAACUGCUUUAAGUACAUGGAGUAAGACUACUUUUGGUGAAAUUUUUAAACAACUUGUUAUCAGAGAGGAAAUAGUUAAGAUUAAGGAGCAACUGUUUGAGGAAAAUCCAUCUGAAGAAAAUAGAAUGGUCAUGCAGAGGACACAAGCAGAACUUAAGCUGUAUCUUCAUUAUGAGGAGGAAUUCUGGAGGCAAAAAGCCAGGAUGGACUGUUUUUCUGAAGGUGAUAAGAAUACUAGAUACUUCUAUAGUCUGAAACAAUUUACUCAUGAAGAGGUUAGUGAAGAUUCUCCAAUUUUUAAUCAUAUUUAA